AUGGAAGCAGACUGGGAUGAAGUCUCGCAAAUCGCUGUCCCCCCUCCGGGACCACAUAUCCUACCUACUGUCGCAUCCACCAUAGCUUUCGACGAUUCACAAGAGCUACUAUGGGUGGGGAACGACUUUGGUCGAGUGAUGUCGUUCUACGGCCCAGAGCUACAACGGUAUACCUCCGUAAAGGCCCAUCCCUCCGAAGGCCCCGUCCGGCAGUUUCUUUUUCACGACAGAGGCGUAAUUUCGCUAUCAUCAAAAAGCGUUCAUCUGAUUUCGCGCCGUGGGUUGACACAAUGGCAUAUUUCGCACCCGGAGAUGACCGAAUUGCGAUGCAUGAGUUUUACGGCACAGCCGCACAAAAUCAUCGUUGCUGGUCUACAACCUGCGAUGUACAUUAUUGAUAUUGAAAAGGGAACCAUUGUGGAUCAAUUAUCGACGGAUUACCGCUAUACGAUCAUGAAGAAGAGCAGAUACCUAUGCGCCGCCACCGAUACCGGUUCCGUAAAUGCCUUGAGCCUGUCAGAUUUCACUGUUGUCAAGAGCUGGAAGGCCCAUGGAGCUGUGAUAAAUGAUAUGGAUGCUCGGAACGACUUUCUCGUGACUUGCGGUUUUUCCGUCCGUCACCUUGGGUCGCCCAUCGUGGAUCCUCUUGCUAAUGUCUAUGAUCUGAAAACCCUCAUGCCUCUGCCGCCAAUUCCGUUUCAUGCGGGUGCAGCUUUUGUGCGGAUGCAUCCGAGAUUGCAAACUACCAGUUUCAUCGCUUCGCAAACUGGCCAACUGCAGGUCGUUGAUCUCAUGAAUCCAAAUACGAUCAAUCUCCGCCAGGCAAACGUCGCGUUUAUGCUUGGCCUCGAAAUAUCACCCUCCGGAGAGGCACUGGCUAUCAUUGAUGCUGAAUGUUCUAUUCACCUUUGGGGUUCUCCGUCAAAAAUUCAUUUCAACGAACUUAGCAAAGACACCGAAUUCGCCGACGUCGCCGCACGCUCCUCGAUACUCGAUUGGUCCAAUGAUACACCCCUCAAUGUUAUUGGUAUGCCAUACUAUCAUGACCGUCUUCUCUCAGCUUGGCCGAGCCACUUAGUCUUUGAACUUGGAAAUUCCCCGCCGCCCAUUGAUCCAUCUAUCCUCCCCUAUCUCAGAGCCAAUGAACUCGGUCAAUAUGCACCAAAUCCACGCAAGAAACGGAGGUACCAGGUAGAAAAUACUCGUAUGCAGUUCAGCACGGAGAUUGCUUUAGCGGCACCAAAAUUCUUGAGUGAGAAAGCGAGAGAGGCUCCUAGUUCUAAGCCCGAAGCUGCACAGGAAGCUGUUGGCGCUCUGCAAGGGUUGAAAAUCAACGGUGAAAUGAAAGAAGAUCCACUCCUAAAAUACAGUAAUGUGGAAAUUAAAUACAGCAAAUUUGGAGUCGAUGAUUUUGAUUUCAGAUAUUACAACAAAACCAAAUUCUCGGGCCUUGAAACGCACAUCGCGAAUUCAUUUACAAACUCUCUCCUCCAGCUUCUCAAAUUCAUUCCACUAGUCAGAAAUCUGGCCCUUCAUCAUGUUUCGACCAACUGCCUUUGUGAAAAUUGUCUCCUCUGUGAAAUGGGCUUUUUAUUUGACAUGCUUGAUAAAGCGCAGGGACAAAACUGCCAAGCUACUAACCUUUUGAAGACCUUCAGCAGUUUCAGAGAAGCUGCAAACUUGGGCCUACUGGAAGAGAGUUUGAGCAACAAGUCGUUGUCGACAACGAUUCAAUCAGUUCACCGAUUUUUUCUCAAUCAGAUAUCCCAUGAUUAUCGGACGAUAUACCCGAAUUCGGAUGUUUUAGACCACAAUUUAAGUACUGCUGCUGUUGAGUCUAUAUGUUGCAUGUUUUGUCGCAAUGAAAUUGUCCGCGCCGGGAACGCUUUUGUGACGGAACUAAUUUACCCACCUGUCGACCCUAAACAAGGACUUCGCAACCCGGCUUGUCGAUUCUCAAACAUUCUUCGCUCAAGCAUUGAACGCGAAACCCAAAAUCGAGGUUGGUGCAGCACGUGUCGCCGAUAUCAGCAAGUUUCUAUCCGAAAAACAGUACAACGAAUGCCGUUGGUUUUGAUGCUCAACGCAGCCAUCACUAACCCCAUGUACCGCAGAUUUUGGUCUAUUCCAGGCUGGCUACCGGAGAAAAUUGGGGUUAUGAUUGAAGACAACCAAAUUCAGUGUUACGAAGGAGAUCAGCUGCGAAUCCGCCAACAAAAUAAUUUCGAAGGCUUGGUGGUAUAUGAGCUAGUCGGUUUAGUGGUAGAGAUCGAUGUCGUGGAGCAGAAGAAACCGCAUCUGGUCUCGUUCAUCGACACCUCUAUCUCUGCUCGUGAGCCAACCAAGAAGAGUAGCUGGCAUCUUUUUAAUGAUUUUUUGGUUGCCGAGGUGAGCAAAGAAGAGGUGUUUUCGUUCAAUCAGACCUGGAAAUCUCCCUGCACGAUUGCCUAUCAGAUAUCUACUGGUCGACACGGCCUAGACGACAGCUGGAAAAAGGAGUUGGAUACUACUCUUCUGUAUUAUGAGUGGUCUUUGAACAACCGCCGACCAACCGACAAGUGCCAAAUUCUCAAGUCGGAAGAAAAGCCUGUCGCGGGUACACCAAUCGCUCUCGAUACCGAAUUCGUAGAUCUCGAGAAAGCAGAGAUCGAAGUGAAAGCGGACGGCACCCAAGAAAUGAUCAGGCCCAGCAAAAGCGGCCUGGCCCGUGUCUCCGUUAUUAGAGGUUCCGGAAAUGACGAAGGCGUUCCGUUCAUCGACGACUAUAUCACAAUCAAGGACCCGAUUGUCGAUUAUGUAACCCAGUACUCUGGAAUCAAGCCAGGAGAUCUCGACCCACGAACUAGCCGGCAUAAUCUUGUCGCUCUGAAAGUAGCGUAUAAGAAGCUCUGGCUUCUAUUAAACCUGGGCUGCGUUUUUGUUGGCCACGGGUUGGCAUCCGACUUCAGGAAAAUCAAUAUACAAGUUCCUAAAAACCAGACAAUUGAUACCCAGUAUUUAUUUUUCCAUCCGGAGAAAAGUCGUCGGCUCAGUCUGCGCUAUCUUGCCUGGGCGGUAUUUAAAGAAUACAUCCAGGAGGAAACCACAACCUCAACAUCAGUCACUAGUACCACGACAAACCCCAACGCCGCUGAAGCGGCUAACUCAACUACUACUACCACGACCACGACUACAACAACAACAACACCACCAGAAGGGCACGACUCGAUCGAAGAUGCGCGCAUGGCUCUUCGUCUUUGGAAGAAAUUCAAAGAAUACGAAGAUGCAGGUAUAGUUAACCAAGUUCUGGAAGAGAUCUUCCGCGAAGGCGUCAAAGUUGGUUUCCGUCCGCCGCCUCGACGCUCAACCACACCUAAUGCCAAUAACAACAAUAACAACAGCAACGGGGCAAACCCAAAUGGCCUCUCUACCCCUAUUUCAGCGACUGCAUCCCGCCUUCCACAUAGUGGAAGGAAUACACCGGAUUUUAUUAUUCCGGUUUCGGCAUCAACAGCCGUGUCGGCGGCUGGUGUUCCGGCUGGAGGUGGAAGUUCGAAUGGAAGUAUCAGCGGAAGCACCCCCUCAACUCCCCGGCCGGCGUUCCGAAGAUCUACGGCCUUGACGCCGAGUAACGGAAGUUUUGGGGGAACGAAGGGGAUAACCUUUGGUGGCAGCCCAAUGCGCUAA